AGAUGUGAUGACAAGCUUUAUCAAAGUAGAGGUCAGCAAGAGUGUUGGGCUCAUACUCGUUGAUGGAAUUUCUGGAGGAACAGGAUUUCGUGUUGGGGAAAAAUAUAUCAUGACAUGCUUACAUGUUAUUGAAAAGAUUAUCAAAGAUCAAAAUUCCAUCGAGAGUGACAGAAUUAGCGUUCAGUUUGGCAAGACACAAGCGACCCAGUCUGAUGAAGAAGUUUAGAUUUGAGUCAACUCUUCACUACAUGGAUAAAGAUUUUGAUGUAGCUAUUUUGGAAUUGAAGGUUCACCAGGAAAGCGGAGUCAAGUUUGCACCACCUUUGAAUUCUUUCGGUAAAAUGCAAUAUCCAUCAGAGAUUCACCUCAUUGGCCACACUGGUUGCGUGCAAAUGAAAGAAGAAAGCCAAGUUUACCCAAACAUAAUUAAACCAAACAACAACGUUGAUAUUUACGUUAAAUGGUUAAGUGACUGGAGUAGAGAGAAUCUCCCAAAUGGAAUUGAUUAUUACGCAACACUGCGUGAUCCGCCUCAGAAGAUACUAUUCAGCACGACAUUUGCCCCUGGGUCUUCAGGUUCACCUGGCUUCAUGAUAAGACAACAAAAAACUUAUGUCGUACUUAUUGUCAGAGCCGGUGUUCCUAGUUGUUUUUACGAGGAUGGUGUUCAUGUGCCUGCAAAUAAAAGGGUGGAGUAUGGAUAUUCCUUAGAGACCAUAAAUACCAAAAUGCGAAAUUCUUCAUCGGAAAACAUUCAAGCAUUAGCAUCUGAAAUAUUUGGAAAGUGUUUUGAGACAUCUUAGUGAUAUAAUUCUAGAAUUGAUAAAAGCUAUUUUUGUUUUAGCGGGAAGAUGCAUUUCCUAUUUGUGUUAUAAAUUUAUUUUUCUAUGGGUAGGCAUGUAACUUUUAUAGAUAGAGAAUUACUGAUGGGAUGGUUUCAUAAUGCGAAUUCUCGGCUCGACCUUUUAGAAGGACAACUUUCCGUCUGAGUGACAUAGGAUUCAUGUAUUUUGUUAACUGGGUGUUGAGAGGACUCAAUCUAUUCAUCAUACUCAUCACACAUCUUUGGUAGCAUCAAUAUAAGUUACGAGAACAGCAGUUCUGUCUUAGAAAAUCAAAUGCCAAGGAGGAAAAGGGUUCCUAAAUGUCACAUGUGAUUGAUAAUUGAAUGUUGCUUUACGUCAUUUUAGAAUUUUACACCCAGAUAAAGAGAUCAUCCACUUAAGGUGAAGUGUCACAAUUUUGAUUUAUGCAUGGUUUCGUUAUUGACCAACACCUAUCGUGGGACAGGACCUCCUUCUUUGAGGUAGUCCGAUCCUCAGGUUCUGAAAAUCAGCUUUUAAGUAAUUGAAAAUGCUCACAAAAAUGUCUCUGAUUUCAAAGAGUUACGUGAAUUUACCCAUGGUAUUUCUUCAAAGUUCAUCAUUAUAGUUAAUCAUAUUAUAUAGGGAAAAUUAUUAGAUCUUAAAUAUAUUUUCAGGAAAUGCGAAUAAAAACA